GUCGUACAGCAGAGACUCGAUAACAGCCUGAGUUUCGACAGGAAAUGGGCCAGUUACAAGGCUGGCUUUGGAUCGUACGACUCAAACUUCUGGUUCGGUCUUGAAAAAAUUUAUCAGUUAACCAAUUCAGGAAAUUACAGGUUGCGGUUUGAAGUCUUGGGUAUUGGAAUUUGGUUUUCCGACGAAUAUGACUCUUUUUUGAUUGAUUCAGAUUCAAAUGACUACACUAUCCACGUGUCUGGUUACAGCGGUGAUAACUUGAACAUUCUCAACCAACCGAAACUUCUAGGAUCCACGACCUAUCAAAAUGGUCAACCAUUUUCAACCACUGACAGAGACAGCUCUUGCGGAUGUCCCGGCAUGAAUAAUGGUGGCUACUGGCUGAACUGUUGCUUUGCCCAAAAUCUAAACGCUGACCACAAAGGA